UUAGUUUGUACGGGCGGUGGGGCUGGCGACCGUACGCUUCUAGGGCGCGCGGAUUUGGGCCACUCGAUGCUUUUGCCCUAGGGUUUGAGCUGUUUGUGAUCUUUGCCAUAGCUGGUUGCGCGAGAGAGAGAGGAGAGAGUGCCGCCAUGCCAUAUAUUCCUCCACAUCUGAGGUCGGGAGCCUCGUCCAAUUCAAGAGCCGCCACGCCCGCGUCGCCAUCGCCGUCGCAGCGAUCGUCCUCUGGGGAUUUUGGGAGCAGGGAUCGGGAUUAUGGGGGCAGCUUUGGGAGCUACAGCAGGAAUCGGCCCGACGCGAAUGGAUUCGCGUCGGGGAAUGGCUACGGCCGCGAGAAAUGGCCCUUCCCGAGCCGCGAUACCCGCGGCUUGCCGCCGCCGGAGGCGGUGUGGUCACGGUGGCAGCCAUCGGAGCGCGUGAGGAGAAUGCAGAGCGAUCAGAUCGCGGAUGUGAGGGCGCGUCUCAAUGUCGAUGUGGAAAUCACUGACGGCACGCCGGCUGCCCAGGCGCCGGUGGAAACGUUCGAGGACAUGUGUUUACAUGCGAAUAUCAUGAAAGACAUUGCGUUCCACGAGUACACUAAUCCAACUCCAAUCCAAGCGCAGGCUAUGCCUGUGGCUCUUUCUGGAAGAGACUUGCUCGGAUGUGCUGAGACUGGAAGUGGCAAAACUGCUGCUUUUGCUAUCCCGAUGAUCCAGCAUUGUCUAGCUCAACCUCCUAUUCGUCAUGGUGAUGGGCCUUUGGCCUUGGUGCUCGCACCGACUCGUGAGCUUGCCCAACAGAUCGAGAAAGAGGUGAGGGCAUUCAGCCGAUCCACAGAUGGCUUCAAGACUGCUAUAGUUGUGGGUGGAACUCAUAUCGGAGAGCAGAGAUCCGAGCUGCGAUCUGGAGUUCAAGUGGUUGUAGCUACACCUGGCCGUUUUAUCGACCAUCUUCAGCAAGGAAAUAGUUCUUUGUUGAGAGUAUCGUAUGUUGUACUGGACGAAGCCGACAGAAUGCUUGACAUGGGUUUUUUACCCCAGAUUAAGGAGGUGAUGCAAAAUCUUCCUAAAAAGCAUCAGACGCUCCUUUUCAGUGCUACGAUGCCGGAGGAGAUUGAAGCUCUUGCUCAGGAGUAUCUGACAAAACCUGUUCAGGUUAAAGUUGGGAAAGUGAGCAGUCCAACCUCAAAUGUUCUACAGUCUCUCGAGAAAGUUGAUGAGAAAGACAAGAUUGACUACCUUCUCGCGAUGCUUGUGGAGUCGUCAAAUCAAUCUGAACGAGCAGGGCAGCCUCCGCCUCUUACGAUUGUUUUCGUGGAAAGAAAGGCAAGGUGUGACGAUGUUGCGGAUGCUCUGUUAGCUCAGGGACUCAAAGCAGCUGCCCUUCACGGUGGAAGAACUCAGGGCGAAAGAGAAGCUGCAUUGAGAGAUUUUCGAAAGGGUGCAAUCAGUAUCCUGGUCGCAACUGAUGUCGCCUCGCGUGGUCUUGAUGUUACCGGAGUUGCACAUGUUGUGAACUUGGAUCUUCCAAAGGUUAUGGAAGAUUACGUCCACCGCAUUGGAAGGACAGGGCGAGCUGGUGCAAGCGGUCGAGCGACAUCUUUGUACACCGAUCGAGAUGCUUUUCUGGUCGCACAGAUUCGGAAAGCAAUAGCAGAGGCAGAGGCUGGAAAUGUUAUGGCUUUUGCAACUGGAAAGGCCGCACGAAGGAAAGAGAGAGAGGAAGCUGCCGCUUUCAAGGAAGGCCGGCUAACAGGGACCUCCGGCGUCGGUACGUUUGGCUCUACCACUGUCCGGGUAGAUGACAAGUACAAGCAUAUGCUGGUAGCUUCGGUUGAUCCGAAGAAAGGCGUUGCGGAUGAUGCCUGGGAUGAUUAAGAAAAACGAGUAGAACACACAAGUACGUCUCACCACAAUUUUGGCGGAACAUGUACGAUGGGAGGGUGCUCGGAUCAGAAUUUCUUGACAAUAAACUACCCCGUUCGAUCAGCAACACAGAUUUUGGACAGGCAUCGUGGCUGGAAGGAAAUCGUGUUUGGGGGUUUGAGGUGAUGCGAGACAAAUGGUUCCACCAAAAUCCAGGGGGAGCUUAGAGUCGUGUGGAAGCAUAAAAGGAAAUGUGUAUACCACCGUAAGCUUUAAGAAGUCACUGGGUCUGGCU